UGUCAAUUCCAGAAAGAUGGGGACUGAUAAUGACACUUCCACUAUGGCUGCAUCCCCUGGGCUGAAUCGCGUUAUCAACCACAUCCGCACACUCUCCCUGAUCAUCUACUGCAUCAUUUUUGUAGUUGGGACUCUGGGCAAUGGUCUGGUUAUCUAUGUGACGGGCUUCAGGAUGAAGAAGACCGUGAACUCAGUGUGGUUUCUCAACUUGGCUCUGGCUGACUUCCUCUUUACGGCCUUCCUGAUUUUCUCAAUCAUUUCUCAGUUACAGUCAGGCAGCUGGCCAUUUGGAGGUUUCAUGUGCAAGCUCAACACCUUUGUGAGUGUAGUCAACAUGUUUGCCAGCGUCUUUCUUCUGGCCGCUAUAAGUCUUGAUCGUUGCUUCUCCAUCUGGAUGGUGGUGUGGGCACAAAACAAGCGCACCGUCUGCAAAGCUCAGCUAAUAAGUGCUGGCAUCUGGGUGGUUGCCGCGGCCUGCAGCGCGCCUUAUACCACUACUCGCACCAUUAAUGAGAAAAACGACAAGUGUGGUUACCAUCACAGUGAGCAUAUCUGGAGCAUGUACCUUUUUCGCUUUUUUGUGGGUUUUCUCAUUCCAUUCCUGGCAAUACUUGUCUCUUAUGUUGCCAUAGCCAUCCGUGCAAGGAACCUGCAUACGACAAAGAAACAUAGAUCUCUGCGAAUCAUUUUCGCCAUCGUUUUUGCAUUCUUCAUCUGCUGGUUGCCUUUGCAUGUUAUUUACUUAAUAGAAUUACAAACUUCUAGUAACCCAGCUCUCACAAGCGUUGUUCAAGUCGGAGGUUCUUUGGCUGUGAGUCUGGCCUUUACGAACAGCUGCCUGAAUCCCAUCCUCUACGUUUUCAUGUGCGCUGAAUUCCAGAAGAAGUUCAAGCAAUCCAUAUGUUUUGUGCUAGAGAGUGCCCUGGCAGAGGACCACCUGUCACUGAUCGCCACCCGCUCCCUGUCGUCACACUUUUCACGAAUGUCCAGAAAGUCGGACUCAUCUGCACCUAUGGAGAGGAGAGACACAGCCAAAACCUUGAUCUUCACAGAGGGCAAAGCUGAUGAGGCAGGAAGCACUGAUUAACAUCACCACAUUCAAUGUGCAUCGAAAGUGAUCCACAACUUGAUGAAGAGAUUGCUACGGUUGAACAAGACCUUUAUCUCAAAGUGAUUCAUCUGUAAAAAACAGAUUAAAUGAUUAUUUUUCUCUGUUGUGUGAACAUGUUUUUUG